GUAGGCUGCAUUGCUAACCUUGAUCACACUCAACAGGAGGAAGAGGUUUGACAAACUUCUCAAGAGCUUAACACCUCUGCUGCUGUGUCUGUUUAAUAACGUGAAAGCAUUUCUCACCAUCUGAGAUUGUCCUGUUGAGAGGAGAGGUUGAUUUUUAGGAAGGUGGCCAAUCCACAGUUUACACCAUGAAGCAGACGCGGGAGGUUGGUGGCUUUGAAAUGCACGACCAAGGGGUCAGGAAAGUGGCUACUAAAGCUCCCGCCAGCGGCCCGACUGGACCUGGAAGGACAAAGACUCGCCCUGAGCUUGAACAGAGUGCCACCUCCUCCAAGUACCAGGAGAAGAAGCCUUUCCCCCUUGGCAUCCCGCAUGGUGGGGGGGGCUCGAACCCUCUACUCCUCCCCCCAGCCAGUCUCCAGCUCGCUCAGCUCCAAGCCCAGCUCACCCUGCAGAGGAUAAAACUGGCACACACAGCCGUGAACAGCAACUCAGCAGCAGCUGCCACCGUUCUGAACCAGGUCCUCUCCAAGGUGGCAAUGUCUCAGCCCUUGUUUAACCAACUGAGAAGCACUUCUAUGGUCAGCACUCCCCAUGGGCACGCUGGCGGAACUCAGCUGGGCUUAGGGAUGUCCGCAAACAAGUUUCCAUCCAGCGGAUUGCCCUUCCCGUCUCAGAACCCGGCACUGGGGCCUCUAGUGGGGGUAGGUCUUGGUUGCAGUGGGAGUCUACAGAAUCAAAACCCCAAUGCUAUGGGACUGAAUCCAUUUGGAGGGAUGGUGCCUCAGGCUUCAAGCCAGCAAACCUCAGCACCCGUUGGCCUUGCUCAACCUGGGGGCUUCUAUGCAAGCAGUGGCUUUACAGACUAUGGAAAUAAUAUGAGUGUUCCUGCUAAUUCAGUUUACACCUCAGACUCAGAGCGAAGGGGUCAGUAUGGAUUCCUCAGUGGGGUGCCCAGUGCUUUAAAUUCUUCAGGGAAAUCAGCUGAGGGGCAGUACAUGCCUUCCAGCCAGUCAAAGCUGGGGACCCAAGGUGGGUUUCAGAGGGAUUUCUACAUCGCAGGCACUCAGGGGCAGGAAGCUUUGGGCUUCUCUGGGGAGCAGAACACAAAUCAUUUUCAUCAAGGCAACCACAAAGACCUAACCGGGCCUGUCACCCAUGGAACAUGUACCACCAGCCAGUGGCCAAACCAGACCAACUUCUCCAAGUCAAAUAACCCAGAGCUGGUACCUAACUCAGGUGCUGUGUGGACGACCUCAGGGCAGCCAUUCCACAUGAGGGGAGAGCUCUACAACCCGGAGGAGCCAACCACUGACCCCAAGUUCAAUCUUGCUGCUGGCCAGCAUACAUUUAGCAAGCUGGGAACCAGCAAUCAGGGGUUUGAAGGAUUUGGGCAGCUCAGGCAAGCAGAGGAACAGGUGCCUCCAGGCCCAGUGGUACCUCUGCAGCCACACCAGCUCAACGAUUUCCAUGCAGUAACUCCUGCUCACCUCCCCCAUGUCUGCACCAUCUGUAAUAAGAAGGUCUUUAAUCUAAAGGACUGGGACCAGCAUGCCAAGGGAAAGCUUCAUAUUCAGCAAAGCCUGCAAUUCUCAGAGUGCCCAACCCUUGGCCCUGCUAAUUUUCCAACAUUUUCAGAAGGAAGUCUAAACACCUCGACAAAUAACUCUGUGGCUUAUACCUCAGCUGGAACUCAAGAUUUAUCCUCAGGUCUCAAUACCUCUGCACCAAUGAGAAUUCCUACAUUUGUAUCAACUCAGUUAGGGUCAAAGUUUCCCCAGAGAAAGUCAACAGUUAGUAGAGUUGUGCACAUCUGUAAUCUUCCGGAGGGCAGCUGCACUGAAAAUGAUGUCAUCAACCUGGGACUCCCCUUUGGGAAAGUCACCAACUAUAUCCUCAUGAAGUCCACUCACCAGGCUUUUUUGGAGAUGGCCUAUGCUGAGGCAGCCCAAGCUAUGGUGCAGUAUUACCAACAGACUCCAGCCACGGUCCAUGAACAGAAGCUGCUGAUUAGAAUGUCAAAACGUUACAAGGAGCUGCAGCUCAAGAAACCAGGGAAGGAUGUGGACUCUAUCAUCCAUAACAUUCAUUCUCAGAGAGAAAAGGAUGUGAUGUAUGAUAUAGAAAGGUACCCCUUGGAGAGGACCCGAUCUCGCAGCCCAGUCAGUCGCUCCCUGAGCCCUAGGUCACACAGUACCAGCUUUACCUCCUGCAGCUCAGCCCACAGCCCCCUGGGCCCCUCCCGACUGGAGUGGAGCAACGGGCUGGAGGAGAGGAGGGCCUCCUGGGACUGGUCCCCCCAUGCACGGAUAGAAGAGAAUGAGCAGGGCUGGGGGACUAAUGAAAAGGAUCCAGCGGAGAACUGGAUGCAGGACAGGAGGAAGCAGUACCUGAAAGGCAGUGAGAAGUUAAGCCCGAGGUCUUUGGAUGAAUGGGUAGAAGAGCUACGGGGAAACAGAGAGAGGUAUCCCUACUCCUCCUAUCGAAGCAAAGAGGACGAAUAUUACAAGAAGGAGUCUAAACAUAAGUCAGACGGGCCUCAGAAACAGCACCAGCACUUCGAUAUAAAGUCCAAGAGGGGGGACCCAGAGCCCCAUCACAGAGCAAGGGAAGGGAAACAUUCAGGGAGUAAGUCACAGGAGGACCCCGGCACACAAACAAGAGCCAACAGGACACCAGAAGAUAGGGGUAGGAAAGGGAACGGCGAGAGGGGGAGAAGCAAGAAGGCAAAUCUGCAGCCUUCAGUACAGAAGGAGGAGAGAGAGCCACACAGUGAGGGAGAGGAAAUAGAGCACAAAAUAGAGGAACGGCUAAUGUCACCUGACAGAAACGGCAAAGAAUCAGGGGAGCCAAAUACUGAGAGGAACCACGGAGAUCAGGGUGAGUGGGAGAGUGGCAGCGGGACUGAGGGGGAGUCGUGGUACCCCAGCAACAUGGAGGAGUUGGUCACAGUUGACGAGGUGGGAGAGGAAGAGGACUGCAUCAUCGAGCCUGACAUAUCAGAACUGCAGGAGGCCGCCCAGGCUGGGGGGAAACCUGCUGAGCUGACAGACUCCAGCAGUGCGCCAGCGGCCAGCGUGGAGCUGAGAGGGCUGUGCAGCCACAAGAAGAGCGAUGAGAGGGCAGGGGGGAGCCCAGCAGCAGGAGAUUCUGCUGUUCAAGUGGACGGCUCUAAAGAACUAAUUCCGAACCAAGUCCUUAAAGACGAGGUCUGUGAACUGCAACAAGAAGAUGAUCUCAGGGAAUCUCCAGCGCAGGAUCUCCAGACUGCCUUCAAAGAGGCAUGUUCCUGCGUGGAGCUGGAACCAGUGAGCCCUGAUCUCCCACAUCAGGAGGGGGGCCUGCAACACCAAGGAGCCCUUAUAGAAGGCUGCAAUCCUUUGGAUGUGCUGGGGAAUGGUGACGUUGGCAAGUUGGAAAUGAAGGCUAAAUCUGCAGCUGAAGAAAUGGUUAAUGACGAUAUUCUAGAAGAACAUAAAGUCAACAGCAAGUCACAGAGGGAGUCUCUCAGAAACCCAGAGGAGGGUGCUAAUAAACCCCAAUCUCACUCUCACUGGGAGGAGGAGAAUGUGUUCGGGGAGCUCAGCAUCCCAUUAGGGAUGGAAUUUGUGGUGCCCAGGACUGGGUUUUACUGCAAACUCUGUGGGCUGUUUUACACCAGCGAGGAGACAGCCAAAACAACGCACUGUAGAAGUACUGUUCAUUACAAGAAUCUGCAGAAAUACCUGACCCAGUUAGCAGAAGAAGGUAUAAGAAGCGCACAGAGGAACAGCACAGGUGCUGAAGACAUUGGGAUUGUCCCACAGUUUGAAGGGAAGUAGCCCUGUUGAUUCUGCAAAGGGGGUAAAAGGAAAUAUGUGUCUAUUGGGAAGCAUAAACCGAUGAGCCACAUCCUGGAUAGGGGUUCAAGGAUGUGAACUGCUGAAACAGUAGACCACCUCCAUCCACCUCCAUUGAUGUGCAUUUAAUACCAGGAGAACCAUCUAAAGCCACACAGCUUUUCACACUAACGCUUGCGCUCGCGUGAGACAACACUGUCGCCCUGAUUCCUCAUCGUGUAACUAUACCACUGUGCCAUACACCUGAGCAAAGAGUGGAUUGCUGCACUGUGGUCGAAUGGAUGUAAAAAAGCACAGCACAGCUACAAUAUUUGGCCACACAGGUAAACAUAGGCAUAUCCGUUUAGAAUUACAUUUAAACAAAUACAAUCUUGCUGUUCUAUUUGUCAUAACUGAAACUGCUGGUCUUUUACUGAACAGGGUGAUGGCAUUAUGAGCAUUCUGAUAAUCAUGUAUGGCUCUGCUGAAAUAUAUACUAGAAUAACUAUUCAGGGUAGUGCCGUUUGACUCAGCUGAGACUUACAGGAAAGCUACACAAUUCAAUGAAUGAAUCCCCAGACAGUUCCACUUGAUAGAAAACAAUUUCAAUCCAUAUGUGCAGUACAAUUGACAUUCUUUUAGGUUAAACAAUGUAUUUGAUUUCUCCAUUUCUGGUUGCCAAAUAGCAUGCUGUAAAAUAAAAAUAGGGUAAACUCUUAUCUUUAUGCAUCUGCUACUAUGUGUGUGCCAGAUGGGGGCCAAACGUGGGCACCUCUCAAUCCAAAAUCGUCCAAACUAGGGAAUGAUUUGACUUGUGUUUUAAAUUGAUCCAGUUUCCCUCCAGUGUAAUCCAUUGAAGAUUAAAAGUUGAAAUGAGUGCUUCCACCAGGCAGUCUUGAAUUCAUAAUAAGACAGGCCCUGUGAUGUGUGCAAUUGAGUGGUUCUGCUCAGUUUAAGAGCAACUCAAACUUCUCAAAAGGUGGUGAAGGAACCUCAACUGCAUCGGGGUCUUUGAAGACAGCAUAGUUUCCUGAUUAAUCUGAAGGCACUUGUGCCACUACAGGUGUCCUAAUCACCUCAUUCUAGGGGUCUGUGCUGCUGUACCCCACUGCAAACUGCAAGGAUCCUGCACUUUGUUGAGAACAGCAAUAAGAUAAAAGCAGAGACAUAUUCAGGGAAAAUACUUUUACACAGAGUUGUAAUUGUUGAAGUAUGCUUGAACUGGACCAUUUAUGUUAAUGUUUAUUGUGGAUUUUCUUUAAAAGUAUUAUGUAUUUUGGGGUUUGUAAAAAGUUUGAUUUUUCCCUGAACUGUGCAGUUGAUUGCACUGAGGGGUGAAGCUUUGUAUUUGAUUAUUUGUUGAACGUUUUAAAUGUGGAUUCUUCCAAAAAGUGAUUGCAAUAAACAUUUUGAA